AUGGCGUCUGCUUUGCGCUCCAGGACUUUGAGCAAAGAUGAUGUGAACUAUAAACUGCAUUUCAGGAUGAUCAACGAGCAGCAAGUGGAGGACAUCACCAUCGACUUCUUCUACAAGCCGCACACCAUCACCCUGCUCACCUUCACCACCAUCAGCCUCAUGUACUUCGCCUUCACCAGGGAGAACACAAGCCAAGAGGACAAUAUUUGGAAAGGCAUCCUUUCAGUCAUUUUCUUCUUUCUAAUCAUCAGUGUCUUAGCUUUUCCUAAUGGUCCCUUUACAAGGCCACACCCCUGCACUAUGGAGAGAUGGUGUUUGCCUCAGUGUCCUCUAUUUCCUGUUUUUGGUAUUUUUGCUCUUCCUGAACUUCGAGCAGGUCAAAGCUGUCAUGUAUUGGCUGGACCCUAAUCUGCGCUAUGCCACAAGGGAAGCCGACGUCAUGGAAUAUGCAGUGAAUUGCCAUGUAAUCACCUGGGAACGGAUACUCAGUCAUUUUGACAUAUUUGCGUUUGGUCAUUUCUGGGGCUGGGCCAUGAAGGCUUUACUUAUCCGCAGCUAUGGCCUGUGCUGGACAAUUAGCAUCACUUGGGAGCUGACAGAGCUCUUUUUUAUGCACCUUCUUCCUAACUUUGCUGAGUGCUGGUGGGACCAAGUCAUUCUGGACAUCCUUUUAUGCAAUGGAGGUGGCAUCCUCCUUGGCAUGGUGGUCUGCCGCUUCUUGGAGAUGAGGACUUACCACUGGGCAAGUUUCAAAGACAUUCACACGACUACAGGAAAAAUCAAGAGAGCCGUGCUUCAGUUCACUCCAGCAAGCUGGAUCUACGUGCGAUGGUUUGACCCUAAAUCUUCAUUUCAGAGAGUUGCUGGAGUAUAUCUCUUUAUGAUUAUUUGGCAGCUGACUGAACUUAAUACCUUCUUCUUGAAACAUAUCUUCGUAUUCCAAGCAAGUCAUGCACUGAGCUGGUGCAGAAUUCUCUUCAUUGGCAUCAUUACAGCACCUACUGUCAGGCAGUAUUAUGCAUAUCUUACAGACACACAGUGCAAAAGAGUUGGCACUCAAUGCUGGGUGUUUGGUGCCAUUGCGUUUCUUGAAGCAAUAGUAUGUAUAAAGUUUGGACAGGACCUUUUCUCCAAAACUCAUCUGCUGUAUGUGGUACUUUGGCUUCUCUGUGUGGCGAUUACUACGUUCCUUUGCCUGUAUGGAAUGGUGUGGUAUGCGGAUCAUUGUGGACAAAGACAGAAGACUUAUUCAGAGUGUGAUGACAGCACAUAUAACACAGACAUUCCCUGGCAGCAUGCAGAAAAAGUCGGUAAGUUAUAG